ACGCAUGUGCAGAAGUAGUCUUACUCUGUGACAUGGCUAGAUACAUUCUACUGGAAAAAAAGAGAGAGAAACGGUUUCAUUAAGAAAAGGAGUCAGGAGCGCUUGAUCUUUUUCAUUAAUACAUUUACCAGAAGUUACCAGAAGAGCUUAAUCAGAGCGGUGCGGAAAAGAAGCAGUCAUUGAAGGAUCUCAGAGUUGCUAAGAAAGAAAAGUACAAGAAAAGUCCGCCGAUGCGACUGGGGGAAGUCCCGAAGGAAAUCCCCAGUAGGUACUGGAAUAUUAUUUCGAAAUUGUAUGUACCGAUCUAUUAUACGGCUGACCCUUCUCUCUGGGAGAUGUUCGUAGAGCCCUCAGUCGAAUAAAAAGUUAGUGCGCGUCUCAAGUGAAGAACACAGCGAAUUUUAACCUGGAAUGCUGGAGGAAUAGCGGAGGGACAUCCGAUGUCGGCUCUUUCAGGUUGCGCAGAACGCCCGAUCGCUGGAUACAACCAAGCUGAUUCUCUGAUGGAAAGCAUAAAGCGAGAAAACGCGGCGCUCAAAACAAAACUACAGAGCUACAAUACUUUAAACACGUUCUACCACGAAACGAAUCAAGAAAUCGCCAAGUUAAGCCACCAGAUGUGCCUGAAGGACAAUAUCAUUGCUGACUUGAAGACAAGAUUGGCCGCAUACGAAAACACGACGGUUCAUAUGGGUGGAGAGGAACCUCUGGUUUUUGGACCUUCUAAAUCCUUGUUCGAGAACCUGUGUCAAGAAAUCGGUAAACUUAAGCAUCAGCAGAGAGAGACCGAAAGAAGCGCUGAUCGGCAAUUGGGAAACAUGAAACUAGAGAUUCAGGAACUGCAGCAGCAGCUGAGUGCCAAAGAGCAGGAAAUCCAGAGAAUCACCAGCAGGCCCCAGCACGAGAAGGACCUGGAGAUCAUGCAGCUGCAGCAGACUGUGGCAGAGAAGGACAGAGUCCAGGCCACAAGGGCGGUCCUGUGCUACUCUCUCGCCGAGGAGGCUGAAAAUCUCAGGGCCCAGCUGGGCGCCACUGUAGGCGUGUGUCAGCAGCUACUGCAGAGACUGGAGAGGAAGCAGCAGAGGGAGGACUCCACCAGCAGUGCCACUCAAUCAGAGCAGCCCAGAGAGGGUGCGGAUUCGUCAAAUUCUGCUCAGCUUCAAGCCUUGAUUUGCCGGCUACAGGAAGAAAACAAAUCUCUGAAACAGCAAGUGGCAUAUGUAGAGAAUUUGAACGCCAAGUGGCAGAAAUACGACUCUAGCCGGGAGGAGUUUGUCAAAGGGCUGUGUCAGAAACUGAAGCAGCUGACUCCCCAGCCUGCUAAUGCCAGCAUGAUGCAGCAGGAGAUCGUGAGGCUGAACCGACUGCUGGAGGAGAAGAUGAAGGAGGCUGCCAAGACAGAGGAGAACAGGAAACGAGACAGAGAGCAAAUCCAAAUGCUUGAGCAGCAGGUGCUAAUUUAUGCCGAUGACUUCAAGUCCGAGCGAGCCGACCGAGAGCGGGCCCAGAGCAAAAUACAGGACCUGCAGGAGGAGAUAGUCAAUCUCCAACUCCAGCUCAGGAGACAGGAUUCCAGAGAUCAAGCUACCUCAUGCCGAAUAUGCAUUGGACAUAGAAACGUCGUUCGCAUAGAAACGGAUGCUGCUGAACCAUUGCUGAGAAACAGCCCUGAUCCACCGGGGGCAAAGCGAUCCAAUGAUGAGGCUGCGCUGGAACCUGCAGUAACAAUUAGGACUGAGUUCAGAGCCUCUGCUGACUUGCAGUGCCCAAGGUGCUUCAUCUCUUACAGUGAUGAUCAGACAGCAGAAUUCCUAAAACACUGUACAGAGUGUGCGGAGUUAUGACAUGAAGAAAUAACCGAAAGAAAACCCCACCCUAUAGCUAUCUUCAGAAAAGUAAAGCACUACGAGUCCGGCCUCAGUCCUUUGCGAAAUAACAGCUGCUGUACUGUGGUCUAAAACAGCUACAAUUUUAUGCUUUUAUUGCCUUUUAGUUGUUGUUUAUGGCGACUUUUAGAUACCAUCAACAUUUUCACAUUACAGGUUACAUAAAAGAUAUAGGUUAGACUGGAGUUUUGUUAAGUCAAUUUCAGACUAUUUCAAACGUAUUUCUUAAUACAUCGUUUUAUUGUACCCAUUUAUACAUUUUCUAUCUCCUUUUCAAAUCAUUAAACUGAUUUCAUGAAUGAUGUGAAAAUGAACUGACACUGUCAUAUGACAUAUUUAUUUACCACAUAUUGCCACAAACCAGUUUGUAGCAACAUACUGUAUACCUCACAUAAACUGAAUUGCUACAGGGUGGUCUAUGUUCUGUAAUCAAUACUAUGCUGUCCACCUUAAAGUCUUGAACGUUCUGCACUUUUCUUUUAUGGACAGUGUGUUUUUAGUAAAUAAUAAGUAGUUUACAAAAUAUUUAAUUUAUACUUAAUUUAUUUUCAAGUGUAUUGUAUGAAUUAAGUUCAUCACCUCUUUCUUCGUAAUGGUGCUGUUAAUGUUAAUAUUGUACAUAGUAAAUAUUUUCUGAAUAUGUUGUUUGUUUUUACUUGGAAAGUAUGUCAGAGGUGAAAAACGUGAGUAAUGUUUUGUUAUUUGUACAUGUUUUUGUGGUGUUAAACAUCUGGGCAUAGUUCCUACAAAGUUAAAAUUCCUGCCAGCAUCUGGCUGUUCCCUGUUAAUAUAUGUGAAAUGAUUUAAGUUGUAAAAAUGUGGUUUCAUCUUUGUACACAGAAUAUGACAAAAGAAAAUGUUUGUAAUAUGCUGUACAAAAUGUCAGACUCUAUACUGACAUAAUUUGAAAUAGUUUUGCACUAAUACUUUUUGUGACACGUCAAACUAAUAAUUGAUUUGUGAUAGUUCAGAAUAAGAGCGUAUGUUUGAUAAAACGUAUUCGGUAUUGCCAUCUUGGAAAUCAUAUUUUUAUAAUAAAAUAUUGAAGUUUAAGUCA